CCGUUGUUGGUUUUGAGGCAUCUGGGGUUCCACAGGGGCCGAGGUAUCCAUGUCCUGAGCCAUGCUAUCCCCGAUUAGCAGCCUGCCCCCAGCACCACCCCCCUGUAGCUGCAGCAUCUGGUGCUAUGGCCUGUGGUCAAGUAUUACAACCCGCUGAUGCCAAUACCUUUGCAGCUGUUCCUGCUGUUGUUGCAGGAUCUGCUGUUGCUGGUAGCAUAGCUGCUCCUGCCACUGCAGGUGCAUGUGGUGGAGUAGUUGCUGCUGCUGUAUUAGUCGUUGCUGGUGUUCUUGCUGGUGGUACUGUGCCAGUUGUGCAUGCAGUAGCAACUUGUACUGCUCCUCAUACUCUCUCUGCUGCGAGGCCUGCUGCUGUUGGAUGUGGUGGGCCUGCUGCAUGGACAAGUGCAUAUUUCAUUGUGCAUGGUGCAUCUGUUCCUGGUACUGGAGCAACUGCUGAUCGGUGCACAGUUCCCGGGAUUGGUACUGGGCGAGGUGGCCCUCAUCCAGGUGUUGGUGCUGGGCCGCGUUAUGGUAGUUAUGCUCAAGUGGCAUAUGAGGCAGGUGCGAAUCCUCCAUGUGAUGGUCUCUUGUGCAGUCCUGCUGCUGUUGGGCCCCGUCUUGGAUCCGGCUAUCGCUGUGGACAGGGUGGCUGUGCGGGGCUUCUUCCUGCUGAUGGGGUUGUAUCUGUGUCUGCUGCCGCACUGGCUCCGGCAGGUGCUGCUGAGUUAGUUGAUCUAUGGGCAUAGCCAGACCUGACUGGUGUUGGAGGUGCAGAAGGUCAGCAAGGGGUUGUGGGCGUUGCUGUCCCUCGCGCUGGAACUGCACUGGCAAUGGAGGGGCCGGUGUCUGUUGCUCAUCUGUUAUUGAUUCAACGGGCUGUCGAGAACCAGGUUGCAAGUCAGGUUCGGACUUUUGGUCAAUAAGGAGGAUUUUUUUCUCCCCUGUAAUCUGGGAAACUACUGUUCUCACCUGGCUUGAUGUGUGGCCGGAGCCGUGUACAGGGUGGGCGGGGCGGGCGGUCCCCUCAGGAUGCCCGCUAUUGUGACAGCAUUGACGCUG